GCUCUGAGCAGCAGAGCCAUUUUGGCUUCAGUGCUACACAGAGUACACACAGUACCCUCCUCCUCCGCCAGCCUCACCCGGACCCAGCAGGCCUCGCCGGGACCCCACAGGGACCCCUGAGGGACCCCAGAGUACCCCUCACCCCACGGAACACCUCUGCCUGGGGAGGGAGGACAAGGGGGGCGUUCUGUUGACUGCUGGAGGCAGGGGCAAAGAGUCAAGAGGCACUGUCAGGAGCAAAGAGACAGCACUGCUGUAUACAAAGGUGCGGGCACCGCUCUAAGCAACACACAGCAGGACACGUGAAGAGGCACCAUGGCCGGGGCCUCGGUGAAGGUGGCGGUGAGGGUCCGCCCCUUCAACUCGCGGGAGAUGAGCAAGGAGAGCAAGUGCAUUAUCCAGAUGUCAGGAAACACAACCACCAUCCUCAACCCCAAAGUUCCCAAAGAGACAAAAAGCUUCAACUUCGAUUACUCCUACUGGUCACACACCUCGCCAGAGGACAUCAACUACGCCUCCCAGCAGCUGGUCUACAGAGACAUCGGGGAGGAGAUGCUGCUCCACGCCUUCGAGGGCUACAACGUCUGCAUCUUCGCAUACGGACAGACAGGCGCAGGCAAAUCAUAUACCAUGAUGGGCAGACAAGAAAAAGACCAGCAAGGGAUCAUCCCAUUGCUGUGUGAAGACCUGUUCACCAAGAUUAACGAUAGCAAUAACGACAACAGCAUGUCCUACUCUGUCGAGGUGAGCUAUAUGGAGAUUUACUGUGAGCGAGUGCGGGAUCUGCUAAACCCCAAAAAUAAAGGUAACCUGAGGGUGAGAGAGCACCCUUUACUGGGCCCAUACGUAGAGGAUCUGUCCAAACUCGCUGUGACAUCAUACAACGACAUUCAGGACCUGAUGGACUCAGGAAAUAAAGCCAGGACGGUCGCCGCCACCAACAUGAACGAGACGAGCAGCCGCUCUCACGCUGUCUUCAACAUCAUCUUCACCCAGAGACGCCAUGAUUCGGAAACAGACAACACCUCAGAGAAGGUCAGCAAAAUCAGCCUGGUGGAUUUAGCUGGAAGUGAGAGAGCAGAUUCCACAGGAGCUAAAGGCACUCGUCUCAAGGAAGGAGCAAAUAUCAACAAAUCCCUCACCACAUUAGGAAAAGUCAUUUCAGCUCUGGCUGAGGUGGAUUCUGGAGCAAACAAGAACAAGAAGAAGAAGAAGGUGGAGAGCUUUAUUCCAUAUAGAGACUCAGUGCUGACCUGGCUCCUGCGAGAAAAUCUCGGUGGGAACUCCCGCACUGCGAUGGUGGCCGCUCUCAGUCCCGCAGACAUCAACUAUGACGAGACCCUCAGUACCCUCAGGUACGCGGACAGAGCCAAGCAGAUCCGCUGCAACGCUGUCAUUAACGAGGAUCCCAACAACCGGCUGGUGAGGGAGCUGAAGGAUGAGGUGUCCCGUCUCAAAGACCUGCUGUAUGCCCAGGGCCUGGGAGACAUCAUUGAGACCUAUCGAGGCCCAGUCGAUGACAACGCUGGUUUGAAAUACUUAUCCGAUUACAAGAACAAUAACAAUACUGGCCAAGCUGUCAAUCAAAGGGGUGAUCUCUCCACAGUGACCAAUGCCAUGACGGGGAUGAGUCCCUCCCCCUCUCUCUCCGUCCUGUCCAGCCGGGCUGGAUCCAUCAGCAGUCUGCAUGACCGCAUCAUGUUCAGCCCUGGGAGCGAGGAGGCCAUUGAACGACUCAAGGAAACAGAGAAAAUCAUUGCAGAGCUUAAUGAAACCUGGGAGGAGAAGCUUCGGCGUACAGAGGCUAUCAGAAUGGAAAGAGAGGCCUUGCUUGCUGAGAUGGGCGUGGCCAUGAGGGAAGAUGGUGGUACAGUUGGCGUCUUUUCACCCAAAAAGACUCCACAUCUGGUGAAUCUGAAUGAGGAUCCUCUGAUGUCUGAGUGUCUCCUUUACUACAUCAAAGACGGAAUAACCAGAGUGGGAAGAGAAGAUGCGAUGAGGCGGCAGGACAUUGUCCUGAGUGGACACUUCAUAAAGGACGAGCACUGUACUUUCACCAGCACUACAGGACCUAAUGGAGAAGCAGUGAUUCUGGAGCCGUGUGAAGGAGCUGAGACCUACGUCAACGGGAAGAAAGUGACGGAGCCCACUGUCCUCAGAUCAGGAAACCGCAUCAUCCUGGGUAAGAGCCACGUGUUUCGCUUCAACCACCCGGAGCAAGCGAGGCAGGCGCGGGACCGGACCCCCUGCGCCGAGACCCCCGUGGAGCCGGUGGACUGGGCCUUCGCUCAGAGAGAGCUGCUGGAGAAACAGGGCAUCGAUAUGAAACAGGAGAUGGAUCAGAGGCUUCAGGAGCUGGAGGAUCAGUACCGCCGAGAGAGGGAGGAGGCCAAUAACCUUCUGGAGCAGCAGAGACUCGAUUAUGAGAGCCGGCUGGAGGCCCUGCAGAAGCAGGUGGAUCGUUAUUACCCUGAAGCAGCUGAGGAAGAGGAUGAACCAGAGGAGGAAGUGCAAUGGACGGAGAGGGAGACAGAGCUGGCUCUGUGGGCAUUCAGGAAGUGGAGGUGUUACCAGUUCACCUCACUGAGAGAUCUUCUCUGGGGAAAUGCUAUCUUCCUCAAAGAGGCCAACGCCAUCAGUGUGGAGCUCAAAAAGAAGGUGCAGUUCCAGUUUGUGCUGCUGACGGACACUCUCUACUCUCCACUGCCUCCUGACCUGUUACCUGCUGAGGCGGCUAAAGACCGCGAGAAAAGCCCGUUCCCCAGAACCAUCGUGGCCGUGGAGGUUCAGGACCAGAAGAACGGAGCCACACAUUACUGGACUCUGGAGAAGCUCAGGCAGCGGUUGGAUCUGAUGCGAGAGAUGUAUGACCGGGCUGCAGAAAUCCCCAGCACUGCUAUAGAGGACUGUGACAGUGUGCUGACCGGUGGUGACCCCUUCUAUGACCGCUUCCCCUGGUUCCGCCUGGUUGGAAGCAACCCCCUAUUCACCUCAUGCCUUAGUGAGCAAGCGAGCGACCGCACGGCUUCCCCCGACCUCUCCGAGCCCACCACCACCUCCGAGAUCACGGAGCUGGUCCAGUCCCGGCUCCGCGCGGGGGUGGGGGCGGAGCUGGAGGACUGCAGCGACGAGCAGUUGUCCGACGACCUGUGCUCUGAGCUCGGCGACGAGGACGAUGAUGACGAUGAGGACGAAGAGUAUGAGGACGAUGAGAGGGGUCUGUGCCGGAGCUCCGGCGAGACGGAGGACCCCUUUUACGAGCGCUCGCCUCUGUUCAGUGUAGUGGGAAGGGCGUUUGUGUAUCUGAGUAAUCUGCUGUAUCCUGUUCCGCUCGUUCAUCGAGUCGCCAUCGUCAGCGAGAAGGGCGAGGUGAAGGGCUUUCUGCGAGUGGCUGUUCAGGCCAUAUCAGGCUCUCUGGUUUUUCCUCCAGCCGAUGAGGAGGCACCGGAUUACGGCUCGGGCGUGCGGCAGUCUGGAACCGCCAAGAUAUCUUUUGAGGACCAGCAGUUUGAGAAGUUUCAGGCAGAGUCAUGUCCUAAUGGACUGACCCGGACUGGACCGUCUCAGGAGGAGUUGAGGAUUGUGGAGGGGGAGGGGCAGAAUGCAGAGAUGAUCCCAUCUGCAGAUGAAGUCAAUAACAACACCUGUGCAGCCAACCCAGAUGACCUGGAAAGCCCAGUAAAGUCGGGUUUGGACGGAGUUUUGGAUGGUGCUCUGGAGCACCUGAAGAUUGGGGAGGUUUUCACGUUCAGAGUAACGGUGCUCCAGGCAUCCAGCAUCUCUGCGGAGUAUGCAGACAUCUUCUGCCAGUUCAAUUUUAUCCAUCGGCACGACGAGGCGUUUUCUACAGAGCCGCUGAAGAACACUGGCCGAGGUCCACCACUGGGCUUCUACCAUGUGCAGAACAUUGCUGUGGAGGUGACCAAGUCGUUUGUGGAGUAUAUAAAGACACAGCCCAUUGUGUUUGAAGUGUUCGGACACUACCAGAAGCAGCCUUUUCCUCCUCUGUGCAAGGACCUCAUCAGCCCACUGCGCCCAUGCAGAAGACAGUUCCCCCGGGUGAUGCCUCUGUCCAAACCAGUACCCGCUACCAAGCUGACCACCCUCACCCGGCCCACAGCGGGACCCUGCCACUGUAAAUACGACCUGAUGGUCUUCUUUGAGAUUUGUGAGCUGGAGGCUACAGGAGAAUACGUUCCUGCUGCAGUCGACCACAGAGGUGGAAUGCCCUGCCAUGGCACAUUCUUAUUACACCAGGGAAUCCAGAGGAGAGUGACAGUGACUAUGGUGCAUGAGACAGGGGGCGACAUUGAGUGGAAGGAGGUUCGAGAGCUGGUUGUUGGUCGUAUCCGGAACACACCUGAAGCAGACGAGACCAUCAUCGACCCCAACAUCCUCUCCCUCAACAUCCACUCUUCUGGAUACAUCCGGCCCACUCCAGACGACAGACAGUUUCUUGAUUCGGACAUGCCUAGGACGUUCUACCGCUUCGAGGCUGCCUGGGAUUCGUCCAUGCACAACUCCCUCCUGCUGAACCGAGUGACUCCAUACGGCGAGAAAAUCUACAUGACUCUAUCUGCUUACCUUGAGAUGGAGAACUGCACUCAGCCUGCAGUUAUAACCAAAGACUUCUGCAUGGUGUUCUACUCUCGAGACGCCAAGCUCUCAGCAUCUCGCUCCAUCAGAAACCUCUUCAGCAGUGGGAGCCUCAGGCCCUCUGAGGGGAACCGAGUUACUGGAGUGUAUGAGCUCAGUCUGAGCCAUCUGGCAGAUGCAGGAAGCCCAGGGAUGCAGAGGAGGCGCAGGCGGGUGCUGGACACGUCAGUGGCGUACGUGCGAGGGGAGGAGAACCUGGCGGGUUGGAGGCCCCGCAGUGACAGCCUCAUCCUGGACCACCAGUGGGAGCUGGAGAAGCUCAGCCUCCUGCAGGAGGUGGAGAAAACCCGGCACUACCUCCUCCUGAGGGAGAAACUGGAGUCCACCCUACUGCUGGGCCAGGAGCCGCUGCUGUCCUGCGGGAGUGAAGACCCUGCCGAGUCCUCUUCCCCGUCGACCCACCCGGCACCGAGCCACUGCCCCGAAGACCCGCCCAGACCAGACACCCCCAACGAGAGGCAGCGAGAACUCGCCGCCAAGUGUUUGCGUCUUCUCACUCACUCCUUCAACAGAGACUACAGUCAUGUGUGUGUGAGUGCCAGCGAGAGCAAGCUGAGCGAGAUGUCUGUUACUCUAAUGCGAGACUCAACCUCAGUCUCCGCCCUCAACACCCUCACACCCUCCUCCACCUGCCCGUCACUGGUCGAGGGACGUUACGGCAGCAACACUGAACUCAGACCCCCGACACCUCGCUCCCGAGCCAUCAGCCCCAGUCCAGAGCACCAGUCCCAGUCUGCACCAGAGGGAGAGGCCAAGAAAUCCCCCAGUGGACCCCCAGAGUCCAAACGAAGGGUCCACACAUUCGUCCCUGACAUUCAGGAGAUUCGAGUCAGCCCCAUUGUAUCAAAGAAGGGCUAUCUGCACUUCCUGGAGCCGCACACUAACGGCUGGGUAAAGCGCUACGUGGUGGUGCGCCGGCCGUACGUCUACAUCUACAACUCCGAGAGAGACACGGUGGAGCGAGCCAUCCUCAACCUGUCCUCCGCACAGGUGGAGUACAGCGAAGACCAGCAGGCCAUGCUGAAGACACUCUACACGUUUGCAGUCUGCACAGAGCAUCGUGGGAUUCUGCUGCAAGCCACUAAUGACAAAGAGAUGCACGACUGGCUGUACGCUUUUAACCCUCUCCUCGCCGGAUCCAUCAGGUCUAAACUCUCCAGAAGAAGAGCGGGACAGAUGAGGCUUUGAGAGGAAUGCACACACACGUCUCCCUGCAGUACUGCAGACUACCAAGACAAACCGAUAAAUCUAAAGACUAUUGUUGUAAAUAGAGUUCCUGACACUUCCUGUCCCACUUCCUGUUCUCUACAGUCCAGUCUCUUACCCUCCACCACACCCUCUGACCCACCUGUGUGUACCUGCACUCGCCCUGUCUAGCACUACGCACCUGUGUACUAAAGCCUCCAGUCGUCUAUUGUGUGUCUGCAGGGGCCUGGAUACUGGAUACUCCACACGUAAUCCUCUGAAAAGAUAAGGCCGUUAUUUUGGGGGGGGGGGGUGUUCAGAUUAAU